CCGAUACAUCCGCGCAGCAAUCCGUCCUUUAAGACCCGCGUGCGGCGCCCCGCCCGGCCGUGUAUCCCCGCGCGCCGCGCCCGCCGCCCAGCCAUGCCCGGGGCGCCGAUGACCGCGGAGGAGAUUCGCUUGGCCCAGGAGUGGCACACCAACGGCGACAUGGCGCCCAGCGACAUCGCGGCGAAUCUGCAGCGCGACAAGUCCUCCAUCACCCGCCUCAUCAAGGACAACUUUCUGAAGAAGACCACUGGCCGUAAGAAUGUCCUCAGCGAGGCUCAAGUGGCCAAUCUCAUCAGCCACCUGGAGAGGGUGAUCAAGAAGGCCAACGGAGAGUACGAGGUGACCUGGCACAUGCUGAAGACCAGUUCGCGGUGCAAGGCCUCGGAGGCCACCAUUGCGCGCGGGCUCCACGAGAACAGGUUCGAGCAGUUCACGGCCGACGGCGUGCCCUUGACCAAGGCGCAGCUGCGCACCGUGCCGCCCUGCCGGGAGAACUGGUGCAAGUGGCUCGUCGCCACCGCCACGGCGUUCGCCAGUGGGGCGCCGGCCGCCCCGCCGCAGCCCCCGCCGCAGCUCCGCCCCGCGGGCGGCGGCGCCGCGGCCGUAGAGGUGGAGGGGUUCUUGGCCCUGACGCGCCGCGUCUCCAUCCCCGAUGACCUCGCGAACACCUUGCACGACGGUGCCCUGGCCGUGGGGGCGGCCAGUGUCUCGGAGCUAACGGCGGACGAUUGGGCGGCCUUGCCGUCGUGGGCGAGGUUGCUGCCCUUGCAGCAGAGACGGGUGCUGUCUGCGAGUGCCGCGCCGCCGCUGCCACAAUUGAGGUGUUAGACACAUUUUAGUUUGCAGAAGUUAAAUAGCGGCCCGCGUCUGCAGGCCGAACCGCGCCGUUGGCUCAAGAUUCGUGUUUGUGUUCAUGACUGUCACCAAAUCACCGCCAUCGUGAUCA